AAAAUUAAUUUUAUAUUAGCGUGCCAUUAGAAUCUAUUUCAAAUCAAAUUAAAUAAUUUUCAUUUUCAUGUUAUAAGAACUUAUUUUUUUCGUUGCAUCGAGGACACUCUUAUCGCGUUUACUUUUGACGCGAGGAAAAGUUGUAGGAUUAUUGUUAAAAUGUGUGUCGUGCGUUGGCCUUCCGUAGCUGACUUCUGUAAUAAAGACAACGAACGUUUCGUUUUUAUUAUUUCGAUAAACAUCGCACGACGUGUGAGCCGAGAUACGUCGACGAGAUCUCUCAUUAACGUGGUUACAGAUUCAACCGUGUUUUCUGCUCUCACAGUGAUAAGUUCUACCCACUUGUACCAAUUUCUCAGCGAUGAGAUCAUUUUAUAUCUUUGCUUAAUUUCGCCAUUCCUGAUUACCUGAGAACGAAUCAGGCCCAUUAGCUAGUCUAUCGCUUUCGUCAUCGAUAUCCUCAAUUGCAACCGGCAGAGUAAAUCAUUGAAGUAAAUGCUUUCAUCGAACGCAAUCGAUCAAAUUUCAUGCCUUCUCAGUAAAAACAUGAUCUGCGUAUAGGUAUAGAUACUUCGGAUUUUCUUUCUUCAUACGCAGUCCAGUUUUGGAGGUGUAAAUAUAAUUUGAAACAAUCUGUAUUAUGAGAGGUGACGGGAAAGGAAGCAUCCUUUCUUGUGCAACGACUAAACGCAGGCUUGCUCCGUUUCCCGUAAGCAAUUUUGCGUAAUCGUACUACUUGCCUUAGUUACCAGUACAUCGCUAACGAGUAACUCCACCGUGUUGCCACAGAUCUAUCUUUCUUUCAUAGCCGCUCCCUCGAACGUACGUAUCACUUAAUCUGAAAAUUCUCUCGAGUUUUCUAUAAUUUUAAAAACCGCAGUUGACCCGAAUCGCAUUCUACGUGGUGACGAGCUAUUCAUACACAUUUUAUGGAUUAUUACGAAUUCGCAGAGACGUUUAAAUAUGCAUAUUGCAACCAUAGCCUGCAAAGUGAAAUAUUAUUCAUGGGAAUACAGUAAACAUUUACUUGGCUCAAACAUUCUCAUUAGCAUGCUAAUGUGUCAAGUAUCCCAUUGACGUUACUCCGGUCUAUUGUACAGUAAAUUCAUGACUUUUUACUAUGCCAACGGGUCACCGCGCGGCUCGAUGACGAGUCGUACCAUCGAAUUAGGCCUCGACUUGGCUUAGGAACGAAUGUCAGAUUCUUAACAAUGCACCAAAUUUUGUCUGGAGCACCAUUGUAAAAAUAUUUUCCCCUUCACCUUUCACUUGGACUUAAGCCUUUCACCUCACGGGAUUACACACAAUUUCGUUACGGUGUUAAACUUUUUUCUCGCGAGAUUUCCGCGCGCAUCCUCUCCGAUCGUAAGAACCCAUUCUCUGAAUCUAAAUAAAGCGGCGGGGAACGGAUCACGGAUAUUAAAUAUAUCGUGUUCUUUAAAUAGAUGAAGGAUCGACCUCAUUAAAAUUCAUAGGAGUGAAACACUUUUAUCGCACGGGUAUCCGGAAUAUUUGAUUACGUGACCCAACAGAUUUAUGAUUUUUUCAAAAUUAUUUCGGAAUGGAAUCCAAAUAGUGAACACUUUCUUUUUUCUUACGCGGGAGAGUUCAGAAUUUUUAAUGUCAAUCUUUAAAAGCAUAUAAAAGACCGUGAAAGUAUGCUGCGUCCAUAACAUCACUUGCGCCACAAAUGCUUGCUUAAUUACCUAAAUAAACGGCUAAUCAAGACACUGUUCAAGACUCUUUCCUUCAUACAUCGUAGAUGCUUUUACAUUGGAACUACUUCUAUAUUGAAAUAAUGAACCACGGAACGGACACCCAGCGUUUUAGAUAGACAUUUUAAACGCAUCAAACGCGUGGAAUGACGAUCGGAAUCUUUUCUCUUUUUAAACAUGCCAAUCGAUUCAUAGAAACGAUCACGAUCGAUGCGACUCGUCGAGAUGGGGCAAAAACGAGGCGAACUAAACUCCUCGAAGAGGAAGAGGACCAUUCUCGAGAGAAGCUCUGACGCCUGAGCGAAAGUCAAGCCCGGGGCUCACGGAUUCCCCUUCUUUCCUACGACCCUGCAACAUUAAUAUCCGAGAAACUCGGAUACAGUACACAGCGAGACGUGACUCGAGGGAUCGAAAAUAUUACGAGUCAUUGGGAUCGACAAGCGACGAUGAAUCCCGCUAACCAUAAAGGAAAUCGAAAUUUUUGCAUUCAAUCUCCGGUCGACACUCUUGCUCGAAGAUAUUAUACCGUGUGAAUGCAUUUCUCUCUGCCUUUACAUGAUACGUUUUUCGAUGCGUUCUCCUUUUCCUCGUAUGAAAUCACUUUAGAUAACUUUUAUUAUGCUAUAUUCAUAAUAAUCCGUGAUUCGUAUGAAGUAUGGAAAAAAUUUGAAAAGCUGGAUGAAGUACGAUAAGCACAAACCUUGGUCCAUGUAUUUUUAUAAUGAAAAGCGAGGGACCGGAUUCGCUCCACCUCCGCAGCUUUGGCUUUCUCUUAUUCAGUUCGGUUAAAUACACCGGGAUAAAUUACCGUGCGACAAACACAGCGCCCACCGUGAACCAUACAUUACAGGUAGCUGUCGCUGCCAUUAAUGAUUUCGAAGAUUUAAUGUCUGCGUACCUACCGGCGCUUUCGUUCGUUCGAUCGCAGUCGCGUCCCGAGCAUGUGCCUACUUUAAGGAAUUAUGAACUGGAACGCGUAACAGUUUAUUGUAGCAAAAAAAAAAAAAAAUGUAGGCCAAAGUGAACUGGAUAAAAAUCACUUUCACCCGAACAGGAGAAGACGAAUCCAGAACUGGAUUACUAUAAGUUACAUAUAUUGUCAAGCCUUUAUUCUACAGGGGAAAUAUUAAAACUUUCUAGCAUGCUGAACGUAUAAUAUAUUUCGUAUCACUGAAACUUUUCCACGGUAUUACCGGCUAAAAAUCGACGCGAGCGACAGUAUAUCCUUCGAAGCACAAAAAAGAAAUUUGAAUUUCGCAUUUCCUGUAUCGAUAAUCUAUGCAUGAGUUCCGAGUAAGUACCGAGAUACACCUUGCUCCCAGUUUUUCCAGAGACCGAACGUCCCACUAAUCAAUAAACAAACUGUAAUCGAGCGUGUUUUCGAUGAACAGUGAGAAAAUGCUUCGCAGCUACGACUGGCCGCGUGUGUAUGCGCGAGCGAGCAAAACGAGCGUGAGCCUGGCCGGAAAUGGGACGAGGAACCUGGCGAGGAAAGCAAGGAGCCGAAAGGAUGACAGGAAUGUCGAAUCGGAACGUGUCGGCACAAGUGGGUCGAGAGUUCACGAGCCGUAUAAUUAAAUUCCGCAUCGAAGAAAGCGUUUUCCCUCUCGUUUCGCGGUACCAUCACCGUGGCUGGACAACGUUCGAUAUCGUCUGAUAUUUCUCUGCGUGUAGGACGCGUUUGCGGAGUGUAAUUCAAUAAAUGCGGACCCACACAGGAACAAGCGAGAUGAGCGCGAUGCCAACACAAGCAACGGUGAUUACGCUCGAAACGCGAGGAAGUUCGCGGAGGAUGAUACAACGACGGUCGACCGCGUACUUUUCUUCCUGAUACUCUCCCACUGGAGGACAGGGAUCAACGAUCUAACGGGUGACUCUAGGAUACGCUCGAGGAAUGCGUUCCUGCGACAUCUUUUGCUCGCUACGUAACGGCAUUACGUAAAAUGAACGCAGAAUUGUGCAAAGUAUUUCACGAAUUCUAUGUUAAGAAAUUAAUGAAUUUUCAUAAACGGUAGUCACAGAAGCAGUCAGAUCACUCGGAGGAUUUAUCGUCGUGAUUUGAUUGUCUCAAUUCGAAAGGUAAAACGAUAGAUAUAUAUGUAGAACGGAAUUCAAGGGAAAAUGAAAUACGACUGCUUCCUGUGCUCUAAAAACGAAACGAGUUCGACGGGAAUAUGAAGAAAUUGGUUAUGAGAUUUCCGUUCGGAGCAUGAAUUGAUUGCUCGUAUUAUUAAACUUGAAGCUAGAGUGAAAUUUGCUUUUAAACUAAAAACGCUUUUCAUAAAGUAGAAAAUCAAUUCGUUCAACAUUGACGUAUCGCAAAUUGCAGCGAAGUAGGUUACAUAUAUAAAACUCGGUCAUCGUUUUCGUCAUCUGCGCGCGGUGUUUAACGAUCUCACGAAAAUACCAGUAGAAUACAAAUGGCAUAGAGAUUACAAUUUAUUUAAGCCACUUAAUGAGUAAGACAAAUAUGGACCGGCUGAAAUGUCGAAUAAGAAUUUCAAUGAUUAACGACAUUAGACACUUUCUCGUAAACAAUUUUGUUCUAACUAAUUUACAUACAGGUUUCACCCAUUCGAGAAAUAAUCGUCUAUCAUUGAGUGGUACCCUAAAUUUAUCAUUCUAUUGCGUCACGUAAGUUACCUAUUUGAGAAACCCGGCACGAAGAUCGAGAGUAUCGUCGUGAUCGGCUCUUGUACAAAGUCUCGUUGAAUUUGUGAAAUCAUCCGACGACCGGAGGCAUCGAGUGUGUGCCAGGAGUCUAGGUCUAGGACGCAACUUGGUACCUGUUGCCGUUUCGAUCCGAGAAGAGGGCUGUUUCGUAACGGCGCGACGGAUCGUCCGAAUUCGGCUACUCGACGGGGCAAACCGUCUCCCGCGAGUACGACGAGGACGAGUCGGACGCAUCGUCCAGCGGAGAAAAAGAGAAACGAACACAAUUGAAAGGACGGAGGAGGGACGAGGGGGUGAAAGAGGGAGGUGGGCAUCGUCUCAUAGCUGAAUUACUCUCACUCGAGAGGCCCCCGUCUCUUCUUCGUGGGGGCCACAAGUAUCCCCCUGCUUCUCGUGGGGUAUAAAGGACCCUGGUCUACCUUGCACAGAGUCACAGAACAGAGCGGCAUCGCAGAAGCCGACAUGAAUCCUCUGGUCGCGUGUAUGAUAGUCGGUCUAGCAGGGUUCGCCCUGGCUGAACCACCAGUUUCUUCCGGCUACAGCUACAGCAGACCAAGUGGCGGCGGUGGAAUUUCCUUUGGUGGUGGAGGCGGUGGCGGAUACACUCAAGUAUCCACCGGCUACCAAACCAGCGAGGGAGCAUCCGUCGACGGAGCCCUACUGGAACAAAUCCGUCAAAUAUUGCUGAAGGAAGAACUGCAAGCUCAGCAGACCGGAGGUUUCGGAGGAGGUGGUGGUGGCGGUUAUGCCCCCAGCUCGAGCUAUGGUGCUCCAUCCAGUUCGUACGGUGUACCAAGCUCGUCUUACGGUGUACCCAGCUAUCAAACCCGCGUGGUAGGCGUUGAUCUCGAAGGAAUCAGGCAAGCUAUCCAGGUAGCACAGUUCAACCAAGUGAGCCAGGGCCCUGGUGGCUAUCCAAGCGGACCAAGUUCAUCUUACGGGGCACCAAGCAGACCAAGCGGUAGCUACGGUGCACCGUUUUAAAACGGUUGUCCAACUUGAAACGCAGAUUAGAUGAUGGGAGUGUGAGAGAGGGAGAGAAAGAGAAAGAGCGAGUGGAGACACCAGUCGACCACCGCGACUAUCUUUCGAGCCGAAAUUCCUAGCGAAUAUGGUUAAUGAAAAACCAGGACUAAACCGAUCAAUAGUAAAAUAAGAUAAUCACUGGGCAAGUUUCUAACGUAUCGAAGGAAGUUCUUUCAACUGAAACCUGUUUUCUCUCCAAGUCCCGCUCGGAAGAUCGUCGUGACAGAGGAUCGUUAAGAAAAGUAUUAGUAAGAAGAGGACACAAAGGUCGUUCAGCGAAUCAAGGUUCUCGUGAGAGAAGGACGAUGAAGUCAAGGUUGUACGUACAAGGUAACAGCGGACAAUGGAUUCCGAAGGCUCCUGUUUCGUUGAAAUCAAAUCGUCGUCGCUUCAACGAGCCACGAUCCUCGAAGGAAUCGCGGGUGUACGUACAGGAAGGAACUCCACCGAGCUGCUGACUCGUUGAGGAAUAAAAGGUCGUCGCUUCAACGGGUCAGAGCUCAAGGAGUGAACUUGAGCGUUCGAACGAUCGGCCAAAGGCUUAACGAUCCGACAGUCGACGUGGUGUCGUUUUCUGUCGUACCAAAAUCAUCGUCGUCGCGGUCGGAUCCAUGAGGGAUCCAACGAACUAAGUGAUAAAAGCUCGAACCGAUAAAAAUUAGAAACAAAUCACUAGAGUAAGAUCUUAAGGGAGGUUAAUCCUCAUACGAUUCUUCAAGACUUCAAGCCGUGGAGUCGGAGUCGGAGUCGAAGCCGUGAUCGGCGCUUGAACGCGCCUUGUAAAUACAAUUUAUACACGCUUUCCACAGCGUCCGCUGCAUCAUUCGACGGUACGAGGAGGAUUAGAGCAUCCGUACGUCAUCCGAUACGGUCCACCAGAUAUUUCAAAAAGCAUUGAAACGUCGAGAAAAUAAAAAUGAAGAUUAAGUAAUCGUCUCGAUGAACGCAGCGGCCGCUAACGCGGAUAUACACGUACACAAAAGAAUACACAUACACUCUAUUUUUUAUAUAUCUUAAAAGAUACUCCUUAACCACGCAUUUUUUUUUUACAUUUGUAUAAAGGCUUUUUUGUAGAAAAAAUAAAAAAAAAACGUCGCCACCGUUGAAAUAAUCGCCGUAGUAUUCAAUUAGAACGCAUCGUUUCUCCAAUAAUAAUCCUCUUCCUCCGUAAUUUCUCUUUUCCUCAUCGACCUAGUCACUACCUAAAUAUUAUAACUACGACUUCUAUUCGAAAUCCCACAUAGUCCUGACCUCUGAUCGUUCAGCCAUAGCGAUUCUUC